GCGUAUCAAGCAAUCGCGUAAAACGGUAUCAAGGAAAAUGCCGGUGUGGCCGCUUUCAGGUUUCUCUCUGCAGUCACGUGUGGUUACUCGCGAAUUGUUUCAAUCAUUGAAGAAACAUGAAAGUAAGGAAAGAAAGUACGGUAUCCAAGGAACCAGUCUUGAGGAAGGUUGCCAAAAAGAAGCGAAAGAUAUCGACGCCGAAAGCAGGUGGCAGUCUCGAGAAAGCGAUGAAAAAUGUUCAGCAGAUUUUUAAGGAGAAAAAUACAGAAGUAAAGGCUAAGAAGAAAUCUGGUUUAAUUGAACCUAAACCAAAAUCCAAAACUAUAUCUAAAUCCAGAGAAACUAAUGCUAAGAAAUCUGAUUUAAUUGAAUCCAAAUCAAAAUCCAAAACUACAUCUAAAUCAAGAGAAACUAAAGCUAAGAAAUCUGAUUUAAUUGAAUCCAAAUCAAAAUUCAAACUUAUAUCUAAAUCCAUAGAAGUUAAGGCCAAGAAGAAGUCUGGUUUAACUGAACCUAAAUCCAAAUCUACAUCUAAAUCCCCAUCUAAACCAUUACGUAAACUUAGAGAAAAAAAAUCUACCGACAAGGGUAUAGUUUAUAUCGGACAUAUACCUCAUGGAUUUUAUGAGGAACAAAUGAAAGACUAUUUUGAGCAAUUUGGGAAAGUAACACGGAUACGAGUAGCAAGAUCUAAAAGGACUGGAAAAAGUCGUGGCUAUGGCUAUGUUGAAUUCAUGCACAAGGAAGUUGCUAAAAUUGCAGCGGAGACUAUGAAUAAUUAUCUCAUGUGUGGUCGAUUGUUGAAAGCUACAUAUAUACCACCUGAGAAGCAACAUUUUGGAUUCUUCUCGGGAGUAAACUGGUCGAUGGAAAAUUAUCCCAGACUCAAAAAUAGACAAAAAGUAACAUUACAGAGAAAUAGUAUUCAAAGUGCGGAGGACCACCAAAAUUAUGUCAAGAGCUCGCUCAGUAAGCUGUCUGUGUUAGAAAGUAAACUGCAAGAAAGGGGAAUUAGCAUAAAAUUUCAACCCGUAGAUGUACCGCAAUCGUAGUAAUUUCACUUUGCUUUAUUAAGUACUUUUAUAAUCGAUUAUUUGUGCGGAAUAAAGAACGGUAAUUUGUCCAAUGCGA